GUUUGCGCUACUGCUUGCACGGGUAAUUUGCUCGGAUUUAUCCGGAUAUGAGGGAUAGAUUGUGUGCUUUAGCCCCUUAUUUGGGCUUAAUUCAGGACCUCAAUAAUGAAGUCACUGGUAUCAAAUGUAUUAAGAUCCUCAACUCCCACCGUGUCAUCUGACAAUACACUUGACAACUCUCACAUUAAUGCAAUACUUCGGCAAUCCAUCCCCCGUGCAAUACUGGGCUCUACCCAUCUCACCCCAUCUUGCGAGAUGGUUUCUGACUCCAUAACAGGUGGAUUUCACUACUUCGACGAGCACUCGCUUGGAGCUGGUGGUUUGAUUUUGGAUGCCAAAGUGUCGUCAGAUGUCUUUCUCGGCCAUAGAAUGCCAUUGUUGCCCAGCUUUACCGAUAACAAAGCGGUGAACCGUCUGUCGGUCGCAACAGACUUUCCCCGUAAUGAUACCAACCAGUUCCGAUCCUACAGCAACUCACCGCCCCCACCUGCAUUAUCUCCUGCAAAUUCCUCUCCGCGUCCCAGCGCUGGUCAGUUUAAUCAAACAGCAUCCCCUUCUCCUCCUAUAAUCGUUGCAGAAAUAGGGGGGCAGUCUUCUGCUUCUUCCCGAGCUACUUCGGAGAAAGGUUCGAACACCGGAAGAGCAGCUGACUACUUCCUCGCGACCAGCAUCCCUCCCAGGUUCAAGGAAAUUCGAAAUCAUGCUGGAAAGUCCCUCACCGUCCCAGAAAUUACCCCAACGUCCUCUUCCAGCCCCAGUAGUUCAUCCUCUACUUCCUCGUCCGCCCUAAGUGAUCGUGUGGAAUACGUAGCAAAUGGCCUACCUAUUUUGGAAAAAAUUUCCAUUGCCUUAGGGUCUCCCCUCCGAAAUUUAGCAGAGUCCAGCCACUCCACUCAACACAAAGACGACAAAGCUAUGGGGAAGGGCUCAUGUAUUGGGAGCCCAAUUAUUCCUGAAGUAUCGACAUCUGUGUAUGAGCACUUUAAGGAUCUGUCUGCAUCACUGAGACCAACUGUCUUGGCGGAUCGCUUGGAAAAUGUUGAAAAUCUUGCGAACGUCCUAAAACCACAAGAACAACCCCUUGUUUCUAGGCGGAAGAGUAACGCACGUCGUAGAGGAGGUGGACAGAGGCGGAGUAGACUGAAGAACAGGAAAGUAGAUUCUGAUUCAGACUUUGAAGUCGGUGGAACGCGUUUCGGAAGAAUGACUCGUGGCAGACGCCUGGGACCCCGUGUUGUUGACAAACACGGGCCCUCCAGGAAAUCCAGACUGAUUAAGUCAAACAAGUCUUCUGAUUUGCCACGACGAGCUUCGGCAGAAACAACCUUCAACAGGCGCUACCUCGAGUCCCCUUUCCUCUGUCUUUGUCAGUCUGGUGGAACGGUAUCAAGCAUUUCCCAAGCAGUUCAGCGACUCCAUCAUCAUCGGUACGCCUCUUCGGCCCAGCAAGAUCACACCAUUGCUUCCUGCUCAACAGACGCAUCAGCCGUCGCAACCUCUCAUCCAGCUCAUAUCAUCUGUCCUGCUCUCCAAGACUUGUCCUGCUCCCAGAAUGGAGUGAAUUCGCUAUACGCUCAGUCGUCCAUUCCUUCUAACUGUCCUCUCAACACCUCGGCUCGCGGCGCGGACCCGUUGCUUGUAAAUCCUGUAAUGGAAAAUUCCGAAUCUCGAACUCUGUUUUCAAGUCUAACUUACAAACCAGCAACUCAAAUGAAGAACCGUGAUAACGGCUCAUUUGAUGCAUCUUCUGCGGGAGUAUGGUUAUGUGCCUUCUGUGGAAAGGAUAACAGCUUUCUCGAACUUGGAAGCCUUUACGGUCCGUAUUGGGUUGCUGAAGCAGAGUGUGCCCAACUACCCACUGAAAUGGUAGCCCCAAAGGAACUCCCAUUUGCUAAUGGUCCAUCCAAGCCGUCCGAUACUAAUUCAAACGUCGAACGACUAUCCAGAAGGGCGCGUUCUGGUGUGGUUACGUCGGCUGUUACACGAUCUGGCGCCACAGCUUCUCAGGGACAGCCUACCGUUUCCAAGACAGGUGCGCUUCGUCUUGUCAUCAAAGCACGCACGAAUCGGACUGCGCAGUCUGCCACCAAGCCCGCUGCUGAUCUCUUUAGGAUUGGUCCUACCGGAGAAGUUUGGUUCCACCUAGAAUGUGUUCUUUGGGCUCCUGGCACAUGCAUCCAAGGUAAUGGGACAGUGACCGGACUGGGUGAGGCACUGCAACUAUCGCUAGGCACACUCUGUUCUCACUGUGAUAAACCCGGAGCCAUCCUGAGUUGUUGCAGUCGAGGUUGCGACUUGAGCUACCACUACUACUGUGCACGACUUGCUGGUUGCAAGCUAAAUGAUGAACAAUAUACUAUCAUGUGCAAGAAGCAUCAAAUCUAUUCAUGACUACCGCUGAACCAAAUGGGUCGUGCAGACUAUUCAUCUCUCCUACGGUUUCACAACUUCAGACAUCGUCCCAACCGCAGAUGAGCAUGCAUUACUUUGUUGUAUACGCAUCCACUUCUUGGUUUAGUUAGCGCAGCCAGCUUGUACAGUAUUCCUUCCAAUACCCAACCCGUCCUGCUCUAUGUCUGAUCUGCUGUACACAACCCACCAGCUUAACCUUUACGAAGCCUGCUUCCGAUCGCACAUUGUUUGUUAUCCACUCUAUCCAUAGACCGCCUCUUCAACCUUCUCGUUGCUCUCCACUCUCAAGCAAGAUCCUUCGCGUGUUUUUUGUCCAUUUCCCAAAUCUGUUUGUUCUCUGUUACACUGCGCAGUACUAUUUUGUCUACUUUUUAAAAGUCAUAUGUACUCCCCCUUUA